CCUUUGAUAAAUCUUUCAGUCUCAAAAUUUUCCCAAAAUCAAAACACAUACAUAUUGAGCAAUCCAUUUAAUGAGUUGUUCGACUAAAGCUUUUAGUACACUUUUGUACAGAUUCUCAACUGGGGUUUCCCUUAAACCCCUAAAUUCAUUCUCAAUUCAAGGGGUUGUGCGGUUAAGCAAGAAUCUAUCUUCUUCAGCAUUUUAUUCAUCUUGUUCAAAAUGGGUUACUCCAGUUGAGUUUAAACCUGUAAGUUCCGUUAGAAGUAUAUGGACUCGGGGUCCGCUUUGUAUGGGAAGAAGGUCCUGCAAAAUCGCAGGCAGAAAGGGGGCACAAGAUGCAAAGAAGGCCAAGCUCUAUGCAAAGGUCGGAAAAGAAGUUGUAUCUGCUGUCAAGAAAGGUGGUCCAAGCCCAAUAUCAAAUACAGCGCUUGCAGCCAUUCUUGAGAAAGCUAAGGAUCUUGACAUUCCAAAGGAAAUCUUAGAGAGGAAUAUCAAGAGAGCUUCUGAUAAGGGUCAAGAAGCGUAUAUUGAGAAAGUGUAUGAGGUAUACGGUUAUGGUGGCGUAGGUAUAAUAGUUGAGGUUUCAACUGACAAAAUUAAUAGGUCGGUGGCGCUUGUUAGAGAAGUGGUGAAGGAUUGUGGUGGAAAAAUGGCUGAUCCUGGAUCUAUUAUGUUUAAAUUCAAACGGGCUCGAGUUGUGAAUGUAAAAGUUACUGAUGCUGAUAAGGACCAGCUAUUAAUGAUUGCUUUGGAUGCUGGUGCUGAUGAUGUUAUUGAACCUUCCAUGGAUGAAGAUGACUCUGAAGAGGAUAAGUCUGAGAGAUAUUAUAAAAUUGUAAGCUCGUCGGAGAAUUAUGCUGAAAUACUAUCCAACUUACGUGAGGAAGGGAUUACUUAUGAACCUGAUAAUGGAUCUGAGUUACUUCCAUUGACCUCAGUUGAGGCAGACGAUGAGGCUAAAGAGUUAAACAAGGAGCUUAUGUCAAAUUUACUUGAUCUUGAUGAUGUCGACGCUGUAUAUACCGAUCAGAAAUGAUGAAAAAAUAAGAUGAACUACAGUCUGCGUUUUGAAGUUUAGAUGAGAAUUAUAAUGCAUUUGUACAAUUUUGUAUGAACCAUAGCCCCUGAAUAAUUUAAUUAUUCAUCGCGAGCAUAGAGCUGAUAUCACUUCAGGAAUAAAUGAACCGUCUAGAUUGUUACGUUUUGAAAUCGCCAAAUUAAUAUAAUUUAUGUUUGCAACUUUGCAUAAAUCAUACUAUAUACAUUGGUUACCCUGAA